ACGACGUCGUCAAAGAAUAUUACCCACUUUGACACAAUCGCCAAGAACUACGAUUCGACCCGGUGCUUCCUAUGAAUCUGCUAAACGGUUGGAAGAGUCAAGCUUGGAAUUUAGAAACAGAGCUUGGGAUGAACCUAUGUCAAAUAUUUAUAAGUCUUCCCAGUCGAAUACUGGCAGUGGUGCGGAUGGCUCCGAGGUUAAAACGGGAGAUACUCUGAAUAAAUAA